AUGUCGUACAGCAAGCAUAGUAUUCUGGUCUUAGGAGCAUGCAUACUGGAUGUGUUACAUCAUGACAAAGCUGCAAAGGUCUACUUUGUGAUAGUUCAGGACGCGUCGACAGCAAUCUUAGGCGUAAAAGCUUGUGACAAGUUAGGACUAGUCAAACGCACAUACACCAUAGAAAACUGCACAAAGGUUACAGACACUACUGCACAGAUGGUGGAUCAAAAUAAAGACUUGUUCGAAGGACUAGGAUGUUUACCGGGUGAACAUAAAUUAUCCGUAAAUUCAGUCAUUUCACCAGUAGUGAGUCCAUGUCGCAAAAUACCCUUUGCGUUGCACGAAAAACUACAAGACGAACUUAAACGCAUGGAGGAGAUGGGUGUCGUAUGUAAAGAAACCGAACAUACAGACUGGGUGAGCCCCAUUGUAAUCGUUCCAAAAAAAGACGGAAAGAUCCGUGUGUGUCUGGACCCUAUUCAGCUGAACAAAGCAAUUCAGAGAGAACAUUACAAACUGCCAACGCGAGAUAAGAUUCAUGCGAAGUUCAAGAAUGCGCAUUAUUUCAGUAAACUUGAUGCUCGCACUGGAUUCUGGCAAAUGAAACUAGAUCAGAAUUCCUCAAAACUUACCUGUUUCAGUACACCAUUCGGAAGAUAUCGAUUUUUACGUCUACCAUUCGGUAUCUCAUCAGCUCCAGAGAUAUAUCACAGGACCAUUCACAUGAUAUAUGAGCACAUACCAGGAUGUACGACAAUCAUGGAUGAUAUCAUUGUUUGGGGCACAACGUUACAAGAACACAACGAACGACUACAGCAGGUCUUCGAUGCUUCGCGCAAUGCAAAUCUCAAACUGAAUCACGAAAAAUGUGUAUUUGGAGUGAAGGAACUUACAUUCGUCGGUGACACAAUAUCUGCAGAAGGAAUUAAGCCGGACGAGGCCAAGGUCAAGGCCAUAACGAACUUUGAGACUCCAAAAAGUAAGAAAGACGUACAACGCUUUCUAGGCAUGUUGAAUUACCAAGCCAGAUAUGUUCCAGACUUGUCGUCGAAAACACAAGUUUUACGAAAUCUCACAGAGGAAAAGAACCAAUUUCAGUGGACUAUUGUUGAACAGAAAUCAUUUGAUGAGCUGAAGGCCAUAUUAACAAGUACGUCGGUACUUAAAUUCUUUGACCCGAGCAAAGACAUUAAAAUCUCUUCAGAUGCCUCUAGUUCUGGACUUGGAGCGGUGCUCUUCCAGAGGCAUGACAACGAAUGGAUGCCGGUGGCAUAUGCGUCGCGAGUUAUGUCUGAUGCAGAAACGAGAUAUGCUCAGAUCGAGAAAGAAAUACUGGCCAUAUCAUUUGCAUGUGGACAUUUCCACCAAUACAUAUUUGGACAGACUGUAGAAGUGGAAACUGAUCACAAACCUCUUGUGAGCAUCUUUAAGAAGUCUCUGAAUGACUGUCCAAUACGAUUACAAAGACUUCUGUUGAGGGUACAGAAAUACGAUCUGCAUAUUGGCUACAUGCCAGGAAAAUGUAUGCAUACAGCUGAUGCGCUAUCUAGAGGUUUGGAUAUGUCCACGAAACUGACCAAAUCAGCACAGGAGGAGGAUAUAAAAGUGUAUGUAGACUCUGUCAUUAGGAGCCUACCGAUAUCGGAUCGUAAAUUACAGAUGAUUUGUGAGGAAACGCAACAGGAUCCGAAAUUACAGCUACUAGCAGAAGUAAUCGCAAAAGGGUUUCCAGAAACGCGCACUGAAUGUCCUAAGGAAAUCUUGGAGUACUGGAAUGUACGGACCGAGUUGAGUCUAUGUGAUCGGAUCAUCAUGAAAACAGACCGUAUUGUCAUCCCUAUGUCAUUACGAAAGGAGAUGCUUAGCAAAAUCCACACAGGUCACCUUGGGAUUGAGAAAUGUCGAAAUCGAGCCAAACAAGUGAUGUAUUGGCCGGGAAUGAAUGCACAAAUCGAGGAAAUGGUGAAUUCAUGUUCAACAUGUAUCAAAUUCCGUCCAAAACAACCGCCUGAACCGCUAAGACCACAUGAUGUAUGCAACUAUCCGUGGGAAAAAGUGGGAGCAGAUUUGUGUGUAUUCAAAGGAGAAAAUUAUCUUGUGUUGUGUGAUUAUUAUUCCAAUUAUCCAGAAGUGUGUCGUUUGCACAGUGUCUCAAGUCAGUCAGUCAUUAAGGCAAUGAAAUAUGAGUUUUCAGGCCAAGGCAUACCUAAAAUAGUGUUCAGUGCUAACGGACCACAAUUCAAAUCAGCUGAAUUCAGUGAAUUUGCAAAGUCGUAUGAUUUUCAACAUCAUACAUCAAGUCCAUUGUACCCAAAAUCGAAUGGGUUAGUGGAGAAAACCGUAGGCUUCGUAAAAGGUUUAUUGAAAAAAGCUGCUAAUGAUGGAUCCGAUUUCCACAUGAGUUUACUCAUCUACCGUGCAACUCCAAUACUCGAUGGAAAAUCACCAGCGGAAAUGCUGAACAAUGGCCGCAAACUACGUUCAAACUUACCAAUGGCUGAUAGUUGUCGUGAGAACCGUGAAGCAGAAUCUUAUGAAAGAACAAAAAUGCAACAGAAACUGAAAUAA